AUGCCAGCUCUACCAUUCCCUCAAAAGAUGAAGCGGGAAAAACUUGACAAAUAUUUUGGGCGAUUCUUGGAGAUGCUCAAGAAACUUUAUAUAAACAUUCCCUUUACAGAGUUACUCACUCAGAUGUCUUCUUAUGCAAAGUUCUUGAAGAAAAUCAUGUCUAGCAAAAGAAAAUUGGAGGAGACAAUAAUGGACAAGCUGAAUUCCCACUGCAGUUCCAUUUUGCAAAAUAAAAUUUCCCAAAAGUGUGAGGACUCGGGAAGCUUCACCAUACAAUGCUCUUUUGGGAGUGAGAGAUUCGACAAGGCUCUCUUUUCCCUACAACUGGCUGACCAAACCACCAUUUUACCUGAGGGAAUCAUUGAGGAUAUUCUAGUUUGGGUAGACAAGUUUGUGUUCCCCGUAGACUUUAUUGUGGUGGAUAUGGAGGUGAACAAGGAUGUGCCUCUAAUUCUAGGAAGGACAUUUUUAUGUACAGACAGAGCUAUACUUGAUAUCUACGAGGGGAAGCUUAUGCUCGGAGUGGGUAAUGAGAAAAUGGUGUUCCAGAUACAGAGGAUGAUGAAAUACCCCAGUGAUGAGGUAUCUAUCUACUCGUGCUUCAAGCUAGAUGUGGUUGGGGAAUUGGCUGAAAAAUACAAGUUUGACAAGCUUAUGGGGGAUUGUAUUACUCAGUCUAGCACAGUGGAGGAUGAAGAUCCUGAAAUAAAGAAAGAGGCUGAAGCUCUUGAAACUGAUGAUCGAGUGGAUGAUGAGGAGGAACUAAAAGAGGAGGCUUCUAAGCCUAAUGUGGAAUUAAAAGUCCUCCCCACUCACUUGAAAUAUGCUUUUUUUUGA